AUGUCUUCAUUUACUCAAAUAUGUCGACUGAGUAACUACAUAAUGGGGAGUUAUAAAACAGUUCUUUACCCAAGGACUAAUUGGUUAAAUACUAUACCUGUAUGUAGUUAUACUAAGAAAUCAGCUGAAGAUAAAUUGGGAAUAGAGAAACCGAAAAGACCAUUGACUCCUUUCUUCAAAUUCAUGACACAAAUGAGACCGGCACUAAUUGCUAAAAAUCCUGGAAUCACAUCUAAAGAGGCUAUUGCAUGGAGCUCCAAACAUUGGCAGGAACUGGAUAGUGAGACAAAAACACAAAUGGUUAAAGAAUAUGAAAAAGAUCUAGAAGAUUACAAAAAAAUUAAAGAAAUGUAUGAAGCAUCAUUGACAGAACAACAAAAAGAAGACAUAAAGAGAGUUAAAGCAGAAAUGGCUGCAGCAAAAGAGAAGAGAAAAUUGAAAGCUGAAUUUAAAGAAUUGGGAAAACCUAAAAAACCCAUGUCUUCAUACUUCCUUUAUGCCCAAACAAAAAAAGAUAUCUUAAAAGAUAUAAGUAUGAAAGAGUACCAGGAAAAGGUUAAAGCAGGCUGGUUAAAAUUGCCUGAAAGUGAAAGGACAAAAUACGAAAAACAGGCUCAAGCAUUAAUGGACAAAUAUAAGAAAGAUAUAGAAGCAUGGGAAAUGAAAAUGAUUGCAAUUGGACGUACAGAUUUAGUUCGCCAUAAGCCUGUACGACAGCCAAAUAAGACGAAGGUUGACAAGUACGAAUAG